UUUUUUUUUUUUAUAUUAUUAGCCCCAAAAUUAAAAUGAAAAGCCACGACAUACUGAGUCACGCCCCGGAGAAUCAGUAGAAUAGAUUCAGCGAACUGAGACGCAACCACGACCUUAGUAGUUAGUAGUCAUAAACUUUUCCCGUCUUCGUUUUUCUGGUUUGCGAAAGUACGAACCAAAUAAAGGAAGAGGAAGAAGAGUGACGGCAGCUCUCAAAUCCCGGCAUCUGGGCUGCCAUUUUUCACACUAAAAGAGGAACCCGCCUCCGACUCUUCUCCAGAAUUCUGUAGUCUUCCUUUGUUUCUCCUUACACCCCAGCCUUCUCGAUCAGUGCUCUGGCAAUAUUAACUCUUGAGCAGCACUAAAGCAGACUGAGAUUCUGUGAUUUCUUCCUCAUUCUGCGGAUCUUUCAAUUUCCGCCGGUUUUGGAGGGUUACUGGCGAAGGACAGAGGUUUUCUUAUUACUGGGCUGCAGCGGUUCGUUUUGUGCAGGUAAUCGAAGUUUGUUGAAUUCUGUACUUCUGGAGGGUUCUUAAGAAAACCCUUCUGCGAGAGUUAAUGAUGGACUUUGUCAUUUUGGUUGAUUUUUCCGCUUAAGUGAAGUGAAAAUGCAUGCUUAGACUCAAUGGUGAUGAUGCUAGAUUCUUGUUCUUCUUUGUGCGUGCUUUAUUGUUCUGGGAUGAUGAUGAUGGAAAACUGGUGGCUACCAUUUAAUCGCUGAUAGUUGGUUUUGUGUUAUCUGUUUUCAGUCUGCCAUGUAUGUUGGGUUAGUAGUUCAGUCUUUCCUGUCCCUAGAUGUCGCUAUAUCUGCUCCUGCACUACCCAUUUAUGGCUUUGAUUUUGACACAUGCUAUCUAGUACUGGAAUUGCUAACAAACCUGCUGCACAGGCACUGAUCCUGUGGAGAAGAUCUGGGAGCCUACAAGGAUUUUCUAAACAUGAAUGCCAAGAUGGGUUCUUUCCGCUAUGGCCUUGCCGAGAAGAGGGAGAGAUUGCUUUCCAUGAAGGGACAAUCAGUGUUCGGUUUUCCCAACAUUGAGAAAGAAGAUGAACCUAGAAGUUGCUGUUCAUACAGGUUCUUUUCUGAUAAAAUUGUUGAGUUCUGCAGAACAAUCCAGGAUUUCGGUAUUAUGGCUGUUGAGAUGGGGAGGUCGGAUCCCAGAAAGAUUGUUUUUUCUGCAAAAGUCGGUUUGACUUUGAUGAUUAUAUCUCUGCUGAUCUAUUGGAAAGAGCCGAUGAAGGACUUAAGUCAGCACUCUGUUUGGGCUGUUCUUACUGUGGUCGUUGUCUUUGAAUUCAGCAUAGGUGCUACUCUUAGCAAAGGUUUCAAUCGUGGACUUGGAACUUUAUCAGCUGGUGGACUUGCUCUAGGAAUGGCAGAGUUGUCUCAAUUGGCCGGGGAGUGGGAAGAAGAAGUUAUCGUCAUUAGCAUCUUCAUCAUGGGGUUUUGUGCAACAUAUGCAAAGUUGUUACCCCCUCUUAAGCCCUAUGAAUAUGGCUUUCGGGUAUACCUGCUAACUUAUUGCAUGGUAAUGAUAUCUGGGUAUCAGACACGUGAAUUUAUCCACACAGCAGUUACACGGUUUCUGCUUAUUGCAUUCGGUGCGGGGGUCUGUUUGGCAAUAAACAUAUUCAUUUAUCCUAUUUGGGCUGGCGAAGACUUGCACAACUUGGUAGCAAAAAAUUUCAUGAAUGUGGCGACUUCUUUGGAAGGUUGUGUGGAGGGGUACCUUAACUGUGUUGAAUAUGAAAGAAUCCCAUCGAAAAUCCUUACGUAUCAAGCUUCUGAUGACCCACUAUACAGAGGCUACAGAUCCGCUGUCGAAUCUACAAGCCAAGAAGAUGCACUGAUGAGUUUUGCAGUUUGGGAGCCUCCUCAUGGUCCGUACAAAUCGUGUGGAUACCCAUGGAGCAAUUAUGUCAAAGUAAGUGGGUCACUUCGGCAUUGUGCAUUCAUGGUAAUGGCUCUCCAUGGAUGCAUACUCUCAGAAAUACAGGCCCCUGCUGAAAGAAGACAGGUGUUUCGGCAGGAGUUGCAGAGGGUAGGUGCUGAAGGGGCUAAAGUGUUGCGGCUACUCGGUAACAAAAUAAAGAAUUUGGAGAAGCUAGGUCCAGUAGACGUACUAUAUGAAGUCCAUGAAGCCGCGGAAGAGCUGCAAAAGAAGGUGGACAAGAAAUCAUACCUCCUCGUGAAUGCAGAAUGUUGGGAGAUUGGAUCACGGGAGAAGGAUAUGGGAGAGCCACAGGAUAUGCUGACUUUUGAUGACGACGAAGAAAACCAGUUUGUCGAGUACAAGGCUCAUAGUGAAGCUCUGCUGAAUUUGAGGUCGCUGACUAUUCCAAAGAGUUGGGAUGAUAGAGUACCUCCAGGGGUUGCCUCACAGGAUCCUGCGUAUGCAAAACAGACAUCUUGGCCUAAACGCCAUUCAUUCACUGCUGCAUCCCUACCCCAGAUAGAAGAAUCAAAGACCUUUGAAAGUGCAAGUGCAUUGUCUCUUGCAACCUUUGCAUCGCUUUUGACCGAAUUUGUUGCGAGGCUGCAAAACAUCGUAGAUGCUUUUCAGGAGUUGAGCGAGAAGGGAAACUUCAAGGAUCCCAUUGACGAACCAGUGGCAGAGCCGGUUGGGUUCUGGACCAGAUUAGUGAAGCGUGUGAAUUUUUCUCGAAGCAGUAGUUGAUAGUAAUACACGCAUGGUUGGAGAAUGGAGAAGAGGUCUCUUUGGAAAAGCCCUUUUCUUGGGGGGAAUCCUAGCGUGACUAACUGAAUUGUAAACCUGAUUAUGUAACUUCCUCACUACAAAGCCCUUCUCUUGAGACUACUGUUGUCUAUCCAAAAAAAUUUCAGACUACACGAAAGUGAUAUUAGGCGGUUAUUGAAAGAAGAUGAGGUUGUUGCUUAUUGUUGUCAACUUGAUGGAUUGGGUGUUGCUUACUUUCUUGGAAUUGAAGACACUUUCCUGGAAUCGCUGAUUCUAUUGGAAUUGAAUACAAAUAGACAAUAAUAUCAAGAUCGAGUACUAAUUGUAUAUCUAAGACAGUGAAUCACUUUAGGAUAGUACAGUUCUAUGGAAUGGAGUGACAAUCUUUUUAUAUUUGAAAAUAUUUUUUUAGUCCCAUUCUUUUUAGUAAAUAGAAUAUUAUACA